UGGGCUCUGCAAAGCCCCUCAUUUUGGCAGAAAGCACAAUGUCGACCAGCCGCAAACUAAAGAGUCAUGGUAUGAGGAGGGGCAAGAACCGAGCUCCUCACAAGGGAGUCAAGAGAGGUGGCAACAAAAGAAAGUACCGGAAGGGCAGCGUCAAAAGUAGAAAACGGUGCGACGAUGCCAGUCGCAAUUACCGCUCCCACCUGUGACUACAGCAGUGAGCGCUGCCCUGGUGGACUUCAAAUGACACCAGGCAGCAACAGAGAACAGGAGGGGGACUGCCGAGAAGACCUGAAGUUAGAUCAAAGCCAAAGAGCCUAUCAUGUGGAUAAAAUGCCAGUCGUGACGGAAUGAGGAAUUAUGUUUCUCCCCAACAUCUCAAUAAAAUUUGAAAAC